GGGAGAGAGAGAGAGAGAGAGAGAGAGAGAGAGAGAGAUGGCAGCGAGGUCAGAGAACAUGAAGGGAUUCUACAGACAGAGGAAGAAGAGCGGCGUCAUGAAGAAGCCUCUUCAUCCUUCUUCUUCAAGCAACAAAUCGCCCAAACACUCUGCGACCUUCGGCUCCGAUGUCACUCAGCCCCCGGCUCUCCUUUCCCACGGCUCCCCUGAUCUCAAAGAUGAGUAUGAUGAGAGUGAGGAGGUGUUGCGGCAAUUCGACUUGAACAUGGCGUACGGACCUUGCCUCGGGAUGACCAGACAGGCUCGGUGGGAGCGUGCUCGUCGUCUGGGUUUGAACCCUCCCGACGAAAUCGAGCGCCUUUUGGAGGCCGGUAAAGUUGAGCCCCAGUGCUUGUGGGAUGGCCGUGUUUAGAAAAUCUCGUGCCGCUAUGGUAUUUAGAAUGCUAUGUACUGACGGAGAAGUUUGUGCUUUUAGCUAAGUGCGUGUUCAGCCUCUGGCUGUAAUGAACCGCACCGUUUUAGAUGAUGUUUGUAUCUACUCUGAUCAAGACCUUUUGUCUAUCCAAAGUUGGUUAAUAGGUAUAUGAUUAUGGGUCUGUCUGACUUUCUUUCACAAAUUAUGUGCUGCAUUGCGUGAUUGAGAGUUAUAAGCAAAGCGUAAGGAUAGUUGUCUCAGGUUUUGGGGAUUCUAACUUUGGAACAUGCCUAAUUGCCUAUGCUUUGCUUGUCUCAAACAUGUAAGUGAAUGUUAACCAAAUUGAAGAUGGUUUUGGUUAUCAAAGACU